UCUUUAAUUGUGUUCUGUUCGUGAUCCAAUGUCCGUCUUAUUCUAAAUCUCUCUGCUCUACCCUUUCUUCCUCUGUAUCUUUAUCUAAAUAUGAUAGAUCGAAGAGGAUUCCAUGCCUGUCGGAUUGUCCCUUCCAGGGUUUGACAUCUAACAAAGGGGAAGAAGCGAGUGUUUCAAUUUCAAGACUUCCUCCUACCGCUACUGCUGGUCUAUUUGUCUCCAGGUUUUGGUGUUUGUUAAUUUCUCUUGUCUUCUCAACUCACCUUCUGCGUCGCUUCCCACCCCAUACCCGCUAAGGCUACCGCUUUUUCUUUUGGUCCUACCGCUACUCACUCCUUAAUAAUUAUCCACCGACAAUAUCUCCUUUUAAAUCCCACAACUUUGACCCUCAUAGCCCGCCCUUGUUUCCUCUGUUCUUCUCUUACUAGUCUUACUGUUUGUAAUGGCCUUCUUCGCCAAGUUGUUCAGGAUCAAAAAAUUGAGACGCAGACCCAGUAAUAAUCAAGUUGGAGUCGUGGUUGAUCAAAAGGCGGAGGAUGGUGAUGGUUCUUCCACAAAGAAAUACAGUUGGGACGACAUUGAGACAUUCACCAAUAAUUUUUCGGUAGUGAUUGGAUCAGGAGGGUUUAGUAACGUCUAUCUGGCUCGUUUACCUGGUUCCAUUCACCCUCAAGGGGCAAUCAAGAUUCUCAAUCAGGUCUUCCAGCAAGAACUAGAUAUCCUGCUCCGCCUUUGCCACGAAAAUAUUGUCAAGUUUCUCGGCUACUGUAACGAUAAAGAUGAAGGCGCUCUGGUGUUUGAAUACGUGCCGAAUGGGAGCUUGCAUGAGAAGCUCCAUGGAGGAAGCAAAAGGAUGGAGUCAAUACUUCCCUGGAAAAACCGUAUGGCUAUAGCUUUCCAGCUUGCCAAAGCAAUUGAGUAUCUACAUGAGAAAUGCACCCUGCACAUCGUACACGGUGACAUCAAAUCUUCAAACAUCCUUCUGGACGAGUAUUUCAACUGCAAGCUCUGUGAUUUUGGGUCUGCAAAGAUGGGGUUUUCUUCGGUUGUGCUGCCACCGUCAAGGACCAAGCAAGUGAUGAUGGGUUCUCCAGGUUACACAGACCCUCACUACUUGAGAACUGGAAUAGCCUCAAAGAAGAAUGAUAUUUACAGCUAUGGAGUUAUCCUUUUGGAACUUGUAACGGGUAUGGCGGCUUUUUGCCCCGAAAGAGGUCAACUAUUGACAUCUUUAGCAGCAGCCGUCCUGAAAGAUGUCUCUGAAUGUGAAAGCAAGAAAGUAAAAGAAAUGGUGGAUCCACGGUUGGGCGGGGAGUUUGACUUGGAAGAGGCAAGGACCAUGCUAUCAAUCUCUGAACUUUGCCUUCGACAGGCUCCCAUUCACAGGCCUUCUGCUAGUGAAAUCUUGCAUACUAUGGAGGAUAAAAUCUUCUCUCAACAAACAAAGAUUCACAAGUAAAUAAUUAAUCCAUAAACCUUUAAUGUGAAAAACUGUAAAUUAAUUUUUCUUCUUUGUAGUUAAAUUUGCUGCAUGUCAUAGUACCAUCGUGAUUGUGGGUAUAUGACGCGCGUGUGUGCCGACAGAGUGUUAAAGGCUGUAAUCAAUUGUUGUAUUUGAACUUCAGUCAGAAAACAAAAACAUAAUCAAAUUCAAAUAAAUCUUUAUUAUUUUAA